UGAUCUCCCGGGUCCGCUAUUAGCUUUUAGCCAGUUAGCAUCAGCAAGCGUGGUUGCUGCUAACUGCGCUUACAUUGCUAAUACUCUAUUCACACACAUUACCACUGCUGUACUCACUGUUACUUGCUUUAAUGGCGGAUGAAUGUCUCCACUCUGUGCAGCUCGAGCUCGAGGCCGUGGGGAAGCAGAUUCGCGACCUGGAACAGAGGCAGGCCGAGCUGAGAGAGCGGAGAGCCGCGCUGGAAUCAUCCCGGGCUGACGCUCACAAGUCCGGGGUAAGUAUACAGCGUGCUGUUAACAGUCCCACCACGUCUACUCCGUGUGUUUCUCUGCGCAGGCCCGGUGCACCCAGGACGCGAUCUUCCCAGAUGUCCUUCACUGCGACGCCGGGACACCACGGACCCUGGGUGCAUCCACAGCGGAGGAUGCGAGCCGGGUCCCGGGCGACGACAUCUCCCCCUCCUGCCUUCGAGAUCUCCAUCCAGAACCGCUUCGCUCCCCUCCGCGAGACAGGACGCGACGCUGUGAUCAUCGGAGACUCCAUCGUCCGACACAUACCCGCGAUCCUGAAGGACGACGAGAGCCCGAGAGCGGUCGUGCUUCACGCCGGGGUUAACGACACCACGCUGCGGCAGACGGAGACGCUGAAGAGGGACUUCAGGAGCCUGAUCGAGACGGUUCGCAGCACGACGCCCGCGGCGACGAUCGUCGUAUCAGGACCACUGCCCACGUAUCGACGAGGACACGAAAGGUUCAGUAGACUUUUUGCUUUAAAUGAAUGGUUGUUGUCAUGGUGUAAAGAACAGAAACUGCUAUUUGUUAAUAACUGGAAUCUUUUCUGGGAGCGUCCUAGGCUGUUUCGCGCUGAUGGAUUACACCCCAGUCGAGUCGGAGCGGAGCUUCUCUCUGACAACAUCUCCAGGACACUUCGCUCCAUGUGACUAGUUUUGCCACGGGAUUCACAUCCCGUGGUAACUAGGAUUUACACAAGCUCCAGUCUGGAUCCAGAACACCUGAGAAGAGAUGAUGCUGACCCUCAGAGGACCUCAGAUGAUGCUAACCCUGAAUGAACAAACAGAACUAACAAUUAUUCCUAAAUGUGUGACUUAAUCAUAUAAUAACUUAAUUAAUAAUAUUGAUAGUUCAUCGUCUAGCUGACUACGUCUUGUAUUAUUAUUAUUUUUUAGUUUUUCUAAAAUCCUGUCAAAUGUGCACAAACUACUAGCUACUACUAAAUAUUGUAGAAACAUAAUUUUCUGUAAAGUUGCUUUGUAACGAUUUGUUUUGUAAAAAGCGCUAUACAAAUAAACUUGAAUUGAAUUGA